AUGAAAAGAUUCGUGACAAGACCUGCAUCUGAGGAUGAAGCAUCUGAUUCAGAAGACGCCAUUACACCGCCAGCACGAAAAAUCCUGAAACAGCUGUUGGUACAAGAAGUCGAAAAGGCAAUUUUAAGUGGUCUACAAAGUGGAGAACCUAACCUCAGUCGCCUGAAAGAACAUCGUGCUGCAUCUCUGAUCCCGGAAUUUGAUCCGGACAACGAGGAUUGCACUGUUACUGCUUGGUUGAAGAAAAUUGAGCAAUUGGGUGAUAUUUAUGGAUGGGACGACAAAACUAAGUCGUUUUAUCUUCAAGACAAACUAAGAGGUCAAGCGAGGAAGUGGUACAAUCGUCUGGAAGAAUACGAUUUCACAUGGGAACAGUGGAAGCAAAUGCUACUUCGUGCAUUCCCAAAACAUCGAGAUUACGCCAAUGCAAUUGAAGAAAUGAUCACGAGGAAGAAACUACCCUCAGAAAGCAUGACCAAAUAUUACCAAGAAAAAAUAGCAAUGUGCUUCCGCUGUAAAUUAUCCGAUGCCGCUACAGUGUCCUGUAUUAUUCGAGGCUUGCCUCAUGCGCUGCAGUCCAACGCCAGGGCCUUUCAAUGCGAGAGACCCGAUGACUUAUAUGAAGGGUUCCUUUCUGCGUUUGACGAUUAUCGUGUACCCGUAAAUGAAGUUAAAAUUACGAACAAAGAUGGCAGCUACCGACAAGUAGGAAAAAAACCAGUAGACCUCGAUACUGACCCCUGUCCACGCUGCAAAAAAACCGGACACCUGGUACGUAACUGUCCGCUACCUGAUCAACGAAGUUGUUUUAAAUGCGGAGCCCAAGGCCAUAUUGCACCGCGAUGUCCGACAAUCCUGAAGAGUGUUCCUGAAUUCACAAACGCCAAGGAAGUAAAAUUGCUACGAGAGUUUGACAACAUCUACAAAAAACCUGCGAAGAUCAACGGUGCAUUUGUGAAGACUUACAUUGAUACAGGAAGCCAGGUCAAUGUUAUUUCAUCAAAAGUUUCAGAACUGCUGCAGCUAAACGUUAUUCCCGUGAAAACGGAACUAAAAGGAUUUGCAGGAGGACUUAUUACUAGCCAUGGUAAAGCAAAAUUCGACCUAGAAAUUGACCAAAUAAGCAUACCGUGCGACGCAUACUUGGUUGAUAUAGAUAUGAAUGGUAUUUGCCUAUUGAUUGGACAGCCGAUAAUCAACAGUGAAGGGACGUCUUUAAUAGUAAAGAAUGGAAGAGCAACUCUGGAGAGGAACGAUGAUUUUUUAUCAAACAUGCAAGCCAUAGAAGAGGUGCAUCGCUUUAAAGUCGUCACGGCCACGUCAGAGUGCUUACCUCCGGGAACGUCAAUAAUAAAAGUUAAGAUCAUCGGAAAUUCCGCGAGCAAUGACGUGGUCACUUCACCUCGCCACUACGACCUUCAAGGGAUCUCCUACAGCUUGCCAGCUACGCUUAUGAAGGGUGUCGACGGAUACCUGAAAGUCGUCAACACGGGCUCCAAGGAUGUGGAAUGGGAAGAGGGAACAAUCUUAUCGCGAGCCGAAAGCUGCCAGGUGUUGCCCACCGAUGACCAGGAUGGCCGAGUGUAACAACACGCCAAUAGAUGUCGCCAGUUGCAAGCCUACGUCAUCCUGCUAAGCCGCUACGCCAUCCUCCCACCGCCAAUGACACCU